AGGCCAGCGAAGAAGCGACAAAGGCCCUUCAAGGCGUGCGGUGUCCUUAUAGGUAUCAGCUGCUCCUGGAAUGUUCUCUUUAUUUUUUUAUUUUUUCAAACUGCUGCAUAGUGAUGUGUGGUGGUGAUUUUCUUCCUGGCGGUUUGGUUAUUUUAAAAUCUUCAAGGAACAUCCAAGUUAGUCCAGCUACCUAAGUUGGUGUUAUUUACAUCUGCAUAGCAACGCCCGCCUGUGCAGGGCCAAACAAGACACGGCGAGCUGCUGUCUGCGUGAGAGAGCAGAGUCGGCACUAUCCGACUAGGCAUAAGCAUAAGGUAUUUUAUCUUCGACCACUGCUAGUUAUCCUGGCGCUUUGCUGCUUCCAAGCGGAAACAGGGGCUAAAUAUUUCUAUUUAUCUAGAGCAAGAGAAAAAAAAAACACUGACCUGGCCAGGGACAGAAGCAUAAAGACUUCAAAGUCGCCGGGACAUGCCAUCUUGAUUGAUAUCCUGGGAAAGACAAACAGAAUAUAAGAAUAUAUAUACUCGUCCUCUGGCAUAGGCAGCAUAGUUGAGCCAACAUGCCUUCUUCUCCCAUUUCCCCGAAGCAACACCGCAGACAGCCACCGAGCAUCGACCUGUCGACGUCUCCAAACGCAUUUGCUACGCAUUCGAACGGCAUAUACUCUCCGCAAAUAGCCAGAAGCUCUCUCCCGCAGUCUCCAGUGACUCCGCGACAACGACACCGCAUGUCUAUCGACAGGACGUCUCGGUACUCUGCCGAUUUCACCAACGAUAUUGACUGCCGGAAUGGCGAGGGCAGUCCCAUACUGGACGGAGGACUUGGUAGUCUGGCUGACGAGCUUGCAGAUGCCUGGGGCGACGAUGUAGAAGAUAUAUCGGGCCUACCAGAAGCAGGCGGCGAUGGUGAGGGAUAUGAUGAUGACCAUCUUGGUUCUCUGGGGAACGGCAUGCGGAGUGGCCAUCAUGACGGAGUGAAUGGGGAAUUAAUUGAUUCGAUACACGAUCUGGGUAUUGGAAUGGGAUCCAAUGGGUUAAGGAGACAGGACGGUUCUGAGUCUGAAUAUGAAGGCGGACCACGCCCGUCGAAAUCACGACCGAAGUCGAUGAUGGCGAAUAAUGCACAAAGACAUCGCAGAUACGAGUCGUCUCUCUACGAUGGCUCCGAGUACGGGCCAGACUCUGAUAUCGAAGAGUGUGCGGAUAUAUCGCCUGCUCUGGAGGCGCGGAUGGCUGGAAUCGAGCACCUCGUGCGGUUUGGUAAUAGUGAAGCCGAACAUCAGAGCAACGAAGUCAUGCUGCGUGUUAUCCAUGGCCUGCGAGAUCUAGGCGGGCAGAGUGAGAUUGAAAGCGGUGCUUCCAGACUCAUUACUGCACACGCUUCUCUCACCUCCCAUCUAACACACCAAACCCGUUCUCUACAAACGCUCACCCACCCUCUACUAUUCUCACAUUUCCCUGUCCUCUCCCCAGACGCCAUAGACGGUCUCAUUCCCUUGAUAGACGAUGUCCUACCAAACCUCCCUUUUCCAGUGCAAUCCACGACUUCUGUCCCGACGUCUACCGCAAUACCACACGACUUCUCUCCUUCCCAAUGCUCAAUCUCAAGCUCAGGCUCAAACAACGCUGCUACGAACCCACUUCUCUCCCUACAAGCUCUCCUUGCUCAAACAUCCGACCUCACACAUACAUUGCGCACGCUCAGUGAUACGUUGCAUGAAUCCCGCCAAUUGACUUCCGCGGCAUCUCGACGACUCAAGUCAGUGCGUGAGCUGGUGUCUGAGAUCCGACGGGAUGAAGAAGCGCGUGAAGAAGGGACAGCCUGGAUUGAGCAAGGUGAAUGGGAUAAGCGGCUCAGAGAGCGGGAGGCCGGUAGGGUAUGCGGGGAUGUCGUCAGUGGCUUCGAAGCUGUUUGCGGAGAAUGGAGAGAUAGAUUAUUCGGUACAGAACUGGUUGUUGCAUAG